AUGCAACAAAAAAUCAUAUUCGCGUUUCUGUUAUUUGCAAUAAUUGGAUAUUGCGCUGGAGAUUUUCACAUACCAGGUUUACCGAAACCAAAACCUGUUAUUAUACCUAACUGGAAUCCUAAUGCAAGGAUUAAACCUUGGCAAGCGAUAGGUGUUCGCCGUUCACGCAGUGUAGCAGAUUUGAGCCAAGAAGAAAUGUUUGACAGCGUGGUAAGAUUUAAACGUAGCCCAAAGAGCGUGGAAUCCUUCGACGGAUUAGCACUUGAUUCUCGCUCUAUGGAACGCGUAAAGCGCAGCCCCAAGAGUGUGGAAUCCUUUGACAGCCUGGAGCAAUGGUAG